AUGGAGAGGUACUCGUUUGGAGUGUUAGGCGAUUCGUCGCUCUACUGCAAGGGCCCGAACAAGAAGCCUCGGAAGCUGGGACACCGUCUUAGGGAGCUGCUUUAUACCGAGGUGUGGUACGAAGCGAUAGCGAGUGCAGGGGUGGCGCAACUCCUGCAGAAGUUCCGAUCAGGACCUGAAAUCGACACACUCGGUGUGUCCUACUUCGGGAACGACAUCAUGCUGGGCCCGAUCACCGAGCAAGUGGAGGCUGACUGGAAGGAGUUCAUCCGUGCUGUCAAGCUGAAAUCGCGAAGAGCCGUUUUCGUGAUCGGUGGCUUUGCUGCGAAGUAUCGGGGCAUGCAGCUCUCCACCGACUAUGACCGAAACCUGCAAUACGUGAGGAGUCUUGUGCAGAGCGAAGGUCUCUUCGUCACGGACUUGCGGCAGAAGGUCAAGAAGUGGAAGCUUUGCAGCGAUGGCAUCCACUGGCACGAGGAUGAGAAGGAGGACGUCUGUGCCACCUGGGCCCGACUGCUGCGGGGCGAGGAUCCUCCCUUUCCGGACUUCGACUUCGAGGCCGAGGAUUCCCUGGAGGAAUCGGAGUCGCCCAUCACUUCGCCCUCGGGAGAUCCACCAGGCCGAGCAGCAGCAGCCUGCUGGGGCAGCCGACGCUGGGAUGCGCCGAAACCGGAACCGCCACGGCAGCUGCAGCGGCUGCCGCAGCGGCCUCUGCCCGUGCCCGCCACUGGGUUCCAAGAUGCAGAGUGGGAGGACCUCUCCCAGGAAUCGCGGGCCUCGCAAGCCGAGAUUUUUUCUGUGACGGUCUUUCGCCGGACUCCUCAGGAGAAGCUCGGGAUCCGCAUGGAGCCCGUGUCUGGCGCAGGCUACGACUCCGCAGCCCGCGUGCACAGGAUCUUCGAAGGUGGCCUCAUCGACAGAUGGAACCGGAUGCAGCAGUCAAACGGCCUCCACGGAUGGGCAGUCCAAGUUGGCGAUGUCAUCGUAGGCCUGAACGGUCAGCACGAGUUCGAAGCCUCCAGCUUUCUUUGUCGUCCGACGCCACCGCACCUGCAGGGGCUCCCGGAAGGCGUCUACAUAGCCUGGCUGCUCCUGGUGUCCUUCCUUCCGAAUGGCCGAGCAUGCCUCCCCGUGCUCAGGGAGACGAUCAGGCAGCAGCCUGAUGCCGCUUCUGGUGGGCGCCCAGCACCCUGGCCUUCAGGUUUGGAUGAAGAGCUGAACGCCAAGGUGUCUGGCCUUCCGGAUGGUUGGGUCCCAGCUGCUUUGGCUGCAGGGGUGAUCCGUCAACUGACCGGGCUGAACAUGGAAUUGCCGAGUCGGACCUUGAUGGUCUGA